GGGUGGCAGGGAGGGGUGGUGGCCGGUUCUGACGGCGCGCAGAGCUCGCCUCAGCUCAGCUGUAGCCGGCAAGUUGGUCGUCUCGCCGUGCGUAAAAGGCGCUCAGUCUGAGGGCGCACAACGGGUAAUUUGAGGGAGUGGGUCCACAUAAAGCUUCCACAUCUUCCCUUCCAGCAGCCUCGUUCCUUGGGCUAGACGGCAGAGAGCCCGUCAGCAUGGAGAAGCCAAGCGAGAGCCAGAAUGGCUACCUGCAGCCCACGAUGGUGUCGGGAUUCAUGGCCGAAGGUGAAGGGGCACAGCCGCCCCGCUUGAAGCUCUUCCAGCCGCGGGGCUGCGGGCGGUUCCUGCGGAAGAACUGCAUCGUGAUCCUGACCGUCUCCGGGGUGCUCCUCGGCGUGGGCAUGGGUGCGAUGGUGAAGCGCAUGGACCUCACGCGGGCUCAGAUCGCCUACCUGGCCUUCCCGGGAGAGAUGCUGCUCCGCAUGCUCAAGAUGAUCAUCCUGCCGCUGGUGGUGUGUAGCCUGGUCUCCGGAGCCGCCAGCCUGGACACCAGGUCUCUGGGCAAACUGGGUGGCAUCGCCCUCGCCUACUUCUUGGUCACCACUCUGGUGGCCUCGGCCCUUGCCAUUGCCUUGGGCUUCAUCAUCAAACCCGGUGUGGGCGCGGGGUUGCUGAGCACCAAUGACUUGGGCUUAGACGCCAUGCCCACCACCAAGGAGACUGUCGACUCUUUCCUCGACCUGGCACGAAACUUGUUUCCAUCAAACCUUGUUGCCGCAGCCUUUCGAUCGUAUGCCACAAGCUAUACAAUAAUAGUAAGAAAUGCAACUGGAAGUGCUAUAUUUGAAAAGUAUGCCAAGGACAAUGGAACAAUAAUAGGAAAUGCAACUAUUGGAAACAUUACGUUUGAAAAGAAUGCUGCUGACAAUGAAACAACAGUAGGAAAUGCAAAAAUUGAAAAGAUUCCAAUUGGCACUGAGAUUGAAGGCAUGAAUAUUUUGGGACUCGUCCUCUUUGCUCUGGUUUUGGGAGUAGCCUUGAAAAAACUUGGCCCUGAAGGAGAAGAACUCAUUCGUUUCUUUAAUUCCUUCAAUGAGGCAACCAUGGUCAUAGUGUCCUGGAUUAUGUGGUAUGUACCUCUCGGCAUUAUGUUUCUUGUUGGAAGCAAGAUUGUGGAAAUGGGAGAUAUUGUCCUGCUGGUGACGAGCCUCGGAAAAUAUAUCUUUGCUUCAAUUCUGGGCCAUAUAAUCCAUGGAGGGAUCAUUUUGCCACUUGUUUAUUUUGCAUUCACUCGCAAAAACCCUUUCACUUUUCUGUUAGGACUGAUAACACCACUUACUACAGCCUUUGCUACUUGUUCCAGCUCUGCCACUCUUCCAUCAAUGAUUAAGUGCAUUGAAGAAAACAAUGGAGUAGACAAGAGAAUUAGCAGAUUUAUUUUGCCUAUUGGUGCUACAGUGAACAUGGAUGGAGCUGCUAUUUUCCAGUGCAUGGCUGCUGUCUUUAUUGCUCAGCUGAACAACUUUGAUCUCAAUGCUGGACAGAUCUUUACCAUUCUUGUGACUGCUACUGCAUCCAGUGUUGGAGCAGCUGGAAUCCCCGCUGGAGGAGUUCUAACUAUAGCAAUUAUCUUGGAAGCCAUUGGGCUUCCCACCCAUGAUAUCUCUCUCAUAUUGGCAGUGGACUGGAUUGUGGACCGGACCACCACAGUUGUGAAUGUAGAAGGGGAUGCUUUUGGAGCAGGUAUCCUUCAUUAUCUGAACCAGAAGGAGGCCAAGGAGAAAGAGUCAGAACUCAAUGAGAUCCGUGUAGAAGCCAUUCCAAACAGCAAGGCUGAAAAGGAGACAUCGCCUCUGGUGACUCACAAGGACCAAGCCAUCAUCACUCCAUCACUUAGCACUACAGACCUAAAAUCUGAAGAGUCAAACAUGUGAACAAAAAGGCAACAUCCUCGGGGGGCGACGCUGGCUGACACGGCAUUUUGGAGGAGGCAACAACAUCUUUGACAGACUGUUCUGCCAUGUGGGGUUGAGCGGAAGGGUCCUUUUCUCAAUUUCAGCAUUGUGGAAUGCAGUGGUAGCCAGCCACAGACUACUAGGUGUGUGUGUGUGUGUGUGUGUGUGUGCGCGCGCGCGUGUGUGAGAGAGAGAGUUUUCCUUUUGGUAACAGACUUUUUUGAGGUGAGAUAGCAAUGUUUCAUAUUUCUACAUGUGCUUCUGUGAAUGAAAGUAAUUUGAGCAAGCUGCCUUCUUCUGUUGAAAUAAUAAUAAAGGACCCCUGUGCAGGGUUGAUUUUGAAAGUCAGAAGGUACUGGUGAGGGCACCUUGAUAGCCUGAGUUAUGCAGGAAAGCCAGUUAGGUCCGAUUAUUAUAUCUGGACCACUACAUCACAUGUUGGUAGAAGCCUUCUCCAUGAAAGGCGGGUUAUCUUGAUUUUGAGACUGUGAAUUUUGGCCUGUGAUUACCUUGUCCCCAUUGGUGUCUCUGCUAGUUGCAACUAGAGAAUUUGGAAAAGUCUGAUUUCUUGGAGAUGCAGAAUGGAAUCAAAGCUAUGUAUGCCAGGUAUGCAUGUGUAACAGCAAUUAUUCGGAUUUUGAAUAUUUUCUUUGUUUCUCUCAUCCCCAGGCCAUACUAAGCAUCUCUUUGUGUUGAAAAUAGAGCAUUUUAAACAAACAUUUAGGGGGUUCCAAAUAAGUGGCAAGAAACUCAAUUGUCAUCUGUUACUGUGCAGAAACUGUCACAAUUACAUUGAUGUGGUAACUUGUUAGACUAUGUUCAUACGUGACACUUAAAUCGCCUUUGAGCCUCUCAGCUCUUUAUGUUAACAUUCAGUGUUGUGGAGGAGAGACAUCUGCAUUGUGAAUGAGCAUUCUGGACAAUUGUAAGUGUUACAUUCACAUGUUGAAUCUGACUGAAGUAACAGCUGCUUUAAGCCUUAUGUGAAAAAGCCCCAACUGUUCUGCUGCCUAUUGGUGAUGCAGAUCCUAACAUUUCAAAAAUUCAGAUCAAAAAUGUCCUUUUCUGGGGGUGGCAUAUCGGCACAUAAAUCACGGCUGCUGAAAUACUUGCUCUUGAACAUGUAUAAUAUGGAGGAUACCUUACUUUCAAAAAGCCAAUUAUUUAAAGAGGAGAGGACUAAUCCAAGGGUAUCUUCUGUGUUGUGCUGUGAAUAAUAUGCAUGCUAGCUGCAGUCUUCCGUCUGUGAGAGGAGCAGACUAACAGCACUUCCAGAUUAACUGCACUGGUGCUUCCAGGAAGGGACAGUAUUCAACAACCUCCCUUUCCCCAGGAAGCCCUCUGUGCCACCUGAAAAUAUGUCCCUGAGGGUUGCAAAUCCCUCGGGCUGCACAACCCUCAGGGACAAAUUUUUUUGUCCCUGAGGGUUCCUCAGAGCACUUCCUCACAGAGCACUUCCUGGGGAAGGGGAGGUCAUCAAAAAUUGCCCCCACUGCUGAGCCAGCAGUGAAGAGGAAGUAGUUGAACUUUUCUGGUGCGCCUCACAUUGCACUGGUGCUUCGCUAGUCAGGAUGUCAGCUACUGUUAUAAAUAUUUAUAUAUCGCCUUUCAACAGAUAAAGUUCUUGAAGUGGUUCACAUAGGAAAAAGAAAUAAAAUGGUGCCCUGUCUCUAAAGGGCUCACAAUCUAAAAAGAAACACAAGGUAGACAUGGACCAACCACUGGAGGGAUGCUGUGCUGGGGAUGGAUAGGGACAGGUGCUCUCCCCCUGCUAAACUGAACUUGCCACUUUAAAAGGUGCCUCUUUGCUCAAUUAGCUUUUAACUAUAUGUGUAUAAGGAAAAUUAUCCACCUUAUUUCCUAGAUUUUGGAAGACAUGUUGCAAAUGCAUGUCUAUAUAUUUGGAAGGCUUGUGAAACUUCCCCCACAAAUGUAGUACUGUUCAGCAGGCUGACAAAAUCUCCAAAUAGGUUUGCCCCGGUACCUCUUACAUUUAAAAAACCAAAUACCCUAAAUAGGUGAGGAGAGCUGGUCUUGUGGUAGCAAGCAUAACUUGUUCCCUUAGCUAAGCAGACUCCACCCUGGUUGCAUAUGAUUGGGAGACUAGAAGUGUGAGCACUGUAAGAUAUUCCCCUUAGGGGAUGGAGCUGCUCAGGGAAGAGCAUCUAGGUUUCAAGUUCCCUCCCUGGCAUCUCCAAGAUAGGGCUGAGAGAGACUCCUGCCUGCAACCUUGGAGAAGCUGCUGCCAGUCUGUGAAGACAAUACUGAGCUAGAUAAACCAAUGGUCUGACUUAGUAUAUGGCAGUUUCCUAUGUUCCUAUGCUCUUCCCCAAUCCAGUAGGUGGACAUGUACAUUUCUCUGGGCUAAACCUAGGGCUGUGCCAUAACCUGCUCAGCAAGGAGGGGAAGGUUUGAGGCAGGAUUCAUGUAUACUGUAUUAAUACAGACUGUUUUCUGGUUUGGAGGAAGGCAGUGAGGAGUGUAGCGACAGAGUCAGUCCUCCAGGUUUCCACCCGCAAACAAGUGAUCACCUAUUUUACCACAAUGCCAUCAGAACUUCUGGAUCAUGAUUUUAGCCUAGGUACCUUAACACAGGCUCUCCAUUGUGAGCUGCCUGGAGGUAGGGUGAAAAACUUGUUUCGAUAAACAUGUUCAUAUAUCCCUUUUUGUCAGGAAAUAAUUCACUGCUUGUUGAAACUGCCCUGUUUCAUUCAGCACAGUAGAAUUUAAAUCAAGUCCUUUAAAAAGGUUACACAGGAAUACUGCCUCAAAAGUUUCACUCCUCACUGCAUGGGACAAUACUAUCGUUUAUGUUGUAUCUUUUCCAAAAAUAAUCUUGUCUUGUGUUUUGCAAAGUAGGCUGCCUUUUGAAGUGUUCUUGAUUGGCUUCUGUAAUGAAAAAUCCACAUGCUGACGGACAAAGAUGCUGUUGUAGGUUCAAUUAGCCUAGCCGGUUAAGCCUGUCCUAUUUCUACUGCUGCCAGCACAACUUACCAGGUUCUCUUUUGCAACAGUGAUACAAUCUGUAAAUAAACCCAUCACCUUUCAGUUAGAUAACCAUUAAGUCAUAAGAUACUAUUUCCCCCUCGCUUAGUUUGUUGAGAACUCAUUGUCAGAAAGGACAAGGUAUAUUAUCACACUCUUAAGAGCUUUUCGGGCUCUUGAUUACAGAAUUUUCUCUUAUGAAAAGCAGAUAUACAGACAAAGGUGUUAGAUGGUGCAGUUAAACCUAUUCCAGAUUAUAAUGAUGCAACUGUUCAUGUUUUUUGAACGCCUGUGUGUCCUAGUCUGGAGGACACGAGUCAUCUUUCAGGAUACACUUUAACGUUACCUAUGUGUAAUGUAGCUUUCAGGAAACAAUCAGCUAACUUGGAGAACAAUUAUUGGGAAAUGUCCUUAAUUGAUUUAGAACAUAUUUUGAGCAAGAAAUGGACACAUCCCAAUUUUCUUCACUAUUCAGAAAUAGAUAAAAGAAUCUUUCUGAACUGCCCGAAUUAAUAUUAUCAGUAUACUAGCAACUAGGGAUGUGUGAACCAGUUUGAAUUCGAACCAGGGUGGAAUGUAUGUGUCUGAGGUUAGCGAAUGAGAGUGGAUUCAUGGUUUGUCAUUGAAAAUCUUAUAU